AUGAGAAUCAUGAAGCCUAUUGUAGCGUGUUUAGUGGUUGUAGUUCUUCUCAACUCAUCAUUUGAAGAAGCAAAAGGCAAAAAUUUCUACACGGCUCCUCCCGCCGCUCCUCCAAGAGCUUGUCUUCCUCUUCUCUUGCACCGUUUGGGUAUUGCCAACAACAUACUGAAGCUUUACAGUGACCAAGAAUUCGACAAGUGCUGCAAGAAGGUUGGUCUUCAUAUCUACAGUUCGGUGACAAUUCUCAUGGUUUUCUCUAUGGCGAAUUUCAAGCAGAUUGUGGAAAAGAAAGAAAGCAAAAGAAAAUUUUAUGUCUCGGCAAUAGUUGGCUCAAUGUAUCUAGGUGGUGGGGCAUUCAAUAUUGGAUUAAAACGGCGCUUCUGCUUCCUUUAG